UUAGUAUUCAGUAGUUCUCACUAUUAAUCAGGGUUAGAUUGACAAAAUCGGAGAUUUUUAAGAAUCUCGAGUCAAGUUGGUUCCUUAAAAUUAAUCUCAAUUUUUGUAUUGCAAUUAAGAAUGUAUCUCAAUCUACUGCUGACAUCUAUGUGAGCUACAGGAAAACAAUAUGAAACUUUCACCAUUUUGGCUUCAAUCACUAGACUCAAGGAAAACUGUAGUUUUAAGCAUUUUAUGAUAAAAUGUUGAUCAAUGAGAUUCCCGAUGAUUGUUUGCUAGCCAUUUUUGAAUAUUUGGUUAACACAGAUGAUUUAAUAAACUGCUAUAAAGUGUGCGUUAAAUGGAGCUAUUUGCUUGUUAAAAGGACUAAAAAAGUUAAAUAUUUGAUCGAUGAGGUUGGUUAUUCAUCUGAUACUGUUUAUUAUCAAAGAUCAUGCUUGAUUGAUUCAACCUGUCUGCCCAAAUUAUUUACAAAUUUAAUAAUCGCUGAAAUGUCUCGCGAGUUAACUUUCGAAGUAGAAGAUGCUAUUGAAUUUGUUAAAAGCCAAAAAUCUUUGAAAGGAUUAAUCAAUCGUUUUGAUGUACCAAUAGAAAAAUAUUGUGAUGGACUCGAAAUGCUUUCCGUCCAUAAUUUCGAUCCAAACAAUUUACGAAAUAGUUCCAGCAUGAAGCAAUUGGACAUUUGGAAUUAUAGUUUAGAGGCUUUGAAAAGAGAUGCACAUUAUUUGCCCAACAUUGAAAGACUAAGGAUUCAAAUUAGAGUUCCAGAUAAUCGCUACGAUGGUCCAGUAUUGGAAAAGCUCGAAAUACUUGAGUUUUAUUACUAUUGCUACCCUGCCAAAAUUUUUCAUGGUUUCCAGUUGAUGGAUUCAUGCCCGAAUUUACAAAGUGCCCAUAUUUUCAUGAAUGCUACUAAUUGGUUCUUUGAUGAAACAUUGAAACACAAAUGUCUGCAGGAUUUGUUUAUAGAUUUUUAUGAAUACGAUAAUGAUAACUGGAAUAAUUUAAAAAGAUUGCUUAUGAAAUUCCCGAAUCUCAAACUUUUUGCGUUAUGGGGCGAUUCGUGUAUAACAGAUGAACAUAUCGAGCAAUUGGUUCACAUUUUACCCAAUUUAGUGCUAUUGGAUGUUAGAAAGUGUAACGGAGUCACUCGAAGAGCUGCUGAUUACGUUAAAGAUCAUUGUAAAAGAUACGGAAGAUUAAUCAAAUUUUACUUCAAUGGGAAUAAACAUGAAAUCAGAUCAGAUUCGUCUCAUUUGACCAUUAAACACGAAGCAGUAAGUCGAGGCUUUGAUUUCAUGAAACAUUGCGACAAAUUUUUCGAUUCCAAUUGAUUAUUAGUAAAAGUAUUAAAAGUAUAUAUUUGUUAUUUUGUACCUCGGAAGCCCAUUCGAAGAGUUUCAACUUUAUCUUUGUUAUUCAUCUAAUUUAUUAAUAUUUGGCGAUCUAUUUUUCUAGUGAACAUUAUCUAUUGGCUAACCUAAAGAAAUGUCUUUGUUGUCAAAGGAUUAGAACUUUAGAUCCGUAAAUAACUUUCAUCGACGUUUCAAAAAUAAUGAUGAUAGGUGAGAGAUAAAUGAUUGCAACUAUUUCUAAAUAAAAUAAACAUUUAUUCGAUUGCUUCGGAGAUAUAUGGUCUGAAAAAAUUUGACUUAAAUGUUUUGAUUAAAAUUGUUUAUAAUUUUAAGAUAUUCCAAUGAAAUUUCAAAGUAAAACAUGAUUACAAGUUGACGAAAUCGGAGAUUUUUAAAAAUCUGAAGUGAGAUUGAAUUCUUAAAAUUAGAAGCUCAAUUAAGAAUGUAUAUUAAUCUACUGCUGAAAUCUAUGGGAACUACAGGGAAAAACAAUUUUAAACGAUGCAUUAGGAUCAAACCUAGCGAUUCAAGAUUGAAUAUUACUGUAAAGUACAGUCACCAUUGAGAAACUGCACUUAAUUUUUUCAAUGGUGACUGUACCCGUUUGAAGCAAUUUUUUUCUAAGUCUCCAUCUAGUGAUAAUAGCUUUCAGAAAGUGGCAGCGCUUAAGAUUUAGGUAAUGAAAGGAUUAUAAAUUUUAUUGAACUUAUUCAUACAAAGAAAAAGCCAUGCAUUUACGCAUGUAGCCAUUACAAUUUUAAAGAAAAUUGUAAUCCCCUGUCAAGUCGGUAACAUAAACGAGGACAGAGGUCUGAGCACAGAGCCCAGUUAGGCAGCUUCUGAAAGUGUCUCAAGGACAUACAUGACA